CCUCCUCACCCAGUUCCCCCGCAAACGUCCAGACCCGUUCUUUAUCUCCUUUCCUUUCAAGCACACUGACUGCUAAAGCCAGUUUUAUCAAGUCCAGUGCUAACCGGAAGUUAAUCCAGUAGCACUACGUAUUAUAGCUGUGGCCACUCCACGCGCUCAGUCUGACAUGUCGUUCAGAGCGCUCUUCUAUGCGUACGUCUUAGGCGGUCUAACGUUCAUCCCAUUGGCCAUCCUUAUCAUCGUUGGGAUCGCCAUAUACACCUCUAUCCCCGUGCAAAUUCACUCAGCCAAAGAUGCCAAGCCAGAGCUCCACACCAAGUCGACUGAGCCACAAGCAGAAACCGAAGAUCCUACAUCAUCGCUGGAAGUCAACGACCAGCCCAGGACGCGUAAAGGCUGGCUGACAAUGCGUAGAACAUUCGAAGAAUCCACGUCGUCCGAUGGUUCAUACGUCACGCUCGUCCGCUCCUACCUUGAUGCGCGCUCCAAGGACCCUAAGCGCUCACGCCCGAAAGACAUGUGGUACGUUGUCCUUAAGGGCAAAGUGUUGUACAUGUACGAGGACGAGAGUAGAACGGAGUGCGAAGCUGCAAUAGAGUUGGGCGGUCAUGAGGUGUGCGUUUACCCGGACGGACUUCUGGACGGGGAGCUCUUCACGAAACGGAACGCCAUAUGUCUGCGCCCGAGACCAAUACCUGAGGAAAAAGGAAUGCCGAGCGUGACGAAGGAGAUGGCACUUCAAGAUGUUGACAUCGACGAGAAAGUAGAGGAGGCAGGUGGAAGUUCGAAGAAGCAGAUCAACGAACGCGAGCGACUUGUUGAAGAAGAAAAACAGCGGGACGCUGCGCGACAAGAGGCAUUUAGCACGUCGACGCCGUGGUUCAUCUUCGUGCGCUCCUGCGUCGAGAUGGAGGAUUGGUACCUUGCGCUCAUUCAUGCAUCUGAGAACCCGACUGGCACGCCUACUCUCAACCCACUCCAGAACGUAUUCCUCCCCUCAGAAAUGAACCAACUCGUCGUGACUCUUGAUGAGCAACCCGAUGUCAUCCCCAUGCGCUGGUUGAACGCGCUUCUUGGGCGCAUAUUCUUUAGCUUCUACCGCACACAGACGUUAGAGUCGUACAUCAUCGGUCGUCUCAUGAAGAAGGUUUCCAAAGUCAAGCGCCCUGCAUUCCUCACAGACAUUUCUGUCACCGAGUUCUCAAUUGGCAACAAGGCUCCGACACUUAGCAAGCCAAUGUUAAAGGAGCUCACGAAAGAGGGCGACGCAUCGCUCGAGGUGCGCCUGUCAUACAAAGGGGAGGUCCGUGCGACCGUCCAGGCUACUGUUAUUAUCAACCUCGGAGCUCGAUUUAAGUCGUACACCGUUAAACUGGUGCUGGCAGUUAUUUUGCGGGAGAUAGAAGGAAACCUUCUUAUCAAGGUCAAGCGACCACCGAGUAGUCGGAUAUGGUACGCGUUCACGCAGACCCCACGCGUGGUCCUUGAUGUGGAGCCCAUCGUGAGCGAUCGCCAAAUUACGUUGGGCAUGAUACUUGACACCAUCAAGUCAAGAAUCAUUGAGGUGAUUCAAGAGUCCGUUGUGAUGCCCAACAUGGAUGAUAUUAGUUUCUUUGACAGCUCACCUUACAUCCACCGUGGCGGACUUUGGUCAGACGCUGCCCGGCGUGAGCAGUCAGAGCCCGCCCCAACUUCAUCGGACGUUGAAGGCGUAAAGCCUGCGGCAUCCGAAUCAGACCUUCCAUCCGUUCCAGGUACAUCUGAAGAGGUCACAGCACCGUCAAUAAAGCGUGCAGUGUCUACUGAAGACCUGGGAGUUGAGGCAUCAUUAUUUGAAGGCAUGCCAGUCAUCCGGCCCGCAACCACUGUAACCUCAGACAAGAAUAUAAAAGCCUCUAGACGGCGAUCUUGGUUUUCAUCUGGGGGAGAUGAGUCGGAUGUAUGCGAGGAGGUCGAGGAGUCUGAUGUUCGUGGACGGCAGAGCCGGGCUUCAAGCUCUUCGACGCCGAGACAAGAUCUUUCCGCGAACCCAGACAAACCUGCGGGCGAGAUGGAAUUGGAUGACGAGACACCUGGGUACCUCUCGCCACAGUACAACGGCCGGUCCUCAUCAACACACUCUCAAGCACGUUCUAGGUCCUCUCGAGCAGACUCUUUUUCAUCUUCGGUAUCGGUCGGUGGUGACGAGUCCCUAAACGGCCACUCAGACUCUGGUGCUGCCUCCAAGAGCCCCCGGGCUUCCGUUGGUUCGAAUACAGCGAGCUCCUUCCUCUCUACGCUCAAGUCGAAAGCCGCAGAUAAACAAGCGCUGAGCAACUCUGCUAAGGAGGCAAUGCGUAAAUGGGGGGUCAAUUGGGGUGGUCUUAAGAAAGAUAAUAGUGCCAACUCUCAGGAUGACGUGCCGGAUGUCGGACCUUCGGAUGCUCGUACCCGGACAGAGAGCACACAUGGCCGCCCCAGUUACGCAGAAGUGCGUGCUGCUGUUGCCGGACGAAAGGAGCGCAGGGACGACGGCGGGUCUGCUCCUAUUCCUAUUCCUAAUGGGAAAAGAUCCACAAGCCCGUCGAGCGGUUACAUGGCAUCAUCAUCUGGUGCACCCGCAUCGCCCCCACACAUCACACAAGGCGGUUCAUCAGAAGGGAGCUCCUCAUCUAAAUUUGUUGCGCCUUCCCUGUCAAGGUCUGCGACAGAAAGUGAUCCACUCAAAGACCGUGAUUUCACGGAUAUCACAGAAGAGCACCGCAGGCCAUCUAUCAUUCAUACGCAACCUUCACAGGCGCGGACAAUGACUAUUCCGGGGAUUCAUGCGAGCCAUCGUGGGGAACCUAUGUCAAUGGGGAACAUUGCACCAUCGUCAGCCCCGCCGGAGAGCAAGCCGAUGGGGCCUGCCAUUCAAAGCAUGUAUCGGUUGUGGAAAAGCCCGAUUCUGACGGGUCAACAACAAGGCUCGGAGAACCAGUCGACGCCUACACGCGCAGACACAGAGGAACGUAAUGCUGAUGUUCUCCCACUCAGUCUUUCUGCCGAAGUCGCAUCACCACCUCCACGAUCUGUUCCUCCCCCUCUUCCUCCGCGGACGAUAUCAUCUGCCAUCGCGGUACCACGCACGCCUGAUUUGUCCAAAGAUUCCACUGUUCCCUCGGUAUCGUUUGCAUCAGACGAGAUGAGAGGAGCUUCGCCGGUGCAGGGAUCAUCAGAUCCAUCUCCAGAGCUAGCUGAAACGUCGGCACCCGUUGGGAUACCUGAAUUGGUGAUUGCCAAGGGACCGGAUAACAGGCCUCCAUUGCCGCCGCGCAGAAUACAAACUCCAGCAUGAUAGCCUAUAGGUCAUCCGUUGAAAUUUUCCUUCUUCAUGUACAUCACUGAUCUGCAUCGCAUUGUCGGUUAUCUCUCGCUCCAUACCGUGUUCUUGUUCUGAGGUUAUUUUCAGUAUAAUCAACGCACGUAUUUAAAAGUGAACUCUGCAUACUAUCCUUCAUGAUGACCUGUUCACGACAUAAUAAUGUGUCAUGUUAGUGGUUUUAUCAGGUACAGUGAGUCACUGUAUUUGAUUCGGUGGGACCGGGUGGGUGGCGUAGCGCUUGGACACCGAAAUUUUAUUUGCUUGGACUUUGAGAAAAGAAAACGGGUUCGACGUGGC